AGGCCAUGCGAUCACUCGCUUUCUCUGGAGUCAUUUAGAGCCGGAAAGGCGCCUAGAUACCGCGAUACUUGCGGGUAUCCUGGAGCUGGACUCUCCUGUUCUUGCCACAUUUGACUGAAGAAGGACAACGGGGUCAAGGUUUGAGGACUGACAGAUUCUAGACCCAGGCUUCCUCAGCCCCCAGAAAGCCACCAGACCUCACAUGGAACCAAAGGCCCCAUGCCCAGCCGCCGUCCCCUCAGAGGAGAGGAAGUUCCGUGUUCUUGUGGGCGUCACUGGCAGCGUGGCCGCUCUGAAGCUGCCUCUCCUGGUAUCUAAGCUGUUGGACGUUCCUGGGUCCCUCCCUGCCCGCAGGCUAAAAUAAGUGAUGAAGAUGCCAACCGUGCCACAGUCAGGAGAAGGGAGACUCUCAUGGCUGCCCUCUGCUUCAUGUGCCCCAGAGCUGUUGGCAGAAGCUGAUCAGAUAGAGCCUGGAAGGCAGAAGGCCUGGAGAGGGGUUUUGACGUUGUCACUGCCCCCUGGGGAGAGAGUCUCUCAAACAGUUCGUUUUCCCAUAGCCCCAGAGCAAGUGAGUUUCCGGGUAGGAGGAUGGGGGUAGGGAGUCCUAUCCCAGGACACAGAUGGGCAGCCUCAGAGCACAAGGGAAUGGCAACACCACCACUUCCUCCUAGCCCACGCAUGUGUGGGGGUGUGAGGAAAGGACUGCCUGCAGAGUAGUGGCUCCACCUACCCCAGGCUUUUUUAGCCUGGGCCCCUGGGAGGGAGGACAGGCUGUGUCUGGAACAGGCCUUGGCCCGUUCUUUCUCUGGCUAGGGUUGGAGCCCAAGUGAGGCAGCCAGAGGGCACUGACCUGUGGAGGCCUCUCCUUCCCUUUACUCUGGAGAGCUGGCCUUUCUUGUUUCCAAGUAGGGAUGAUUCCUCCUGCCCAUCCCCCAGGUGUGGAGAUGGAGGGCAGAUGGCACAGUUAGACAGCAACUUGGCACAGGGCUUGACACGUGGGAGCACUUAACAGUGUGUGUUUCCUGCCUGGCACUUCUCUUCUGCUAUAUGUAAGGGCCUCUGGGCCAGCACACGGCUUGAGGUACUGAGACUGCUGAAACACCAGCACGGGAGAAGCCCCUGGAAUGACAACCUUUGCAUUUGUGAGGGUCCCCAGGCCGUCAUUCUGCAGGUCGGCCGCUAGCUGAACCAAGCUUUGUCCUGUAGGGCUCCGAGGUGUUGUAAUGCCCUGUGGGCGUAGCCUGUAGCUUGUCUGAUGGACACUUCUCUCCCUUCUCCGUACUCCUCCCUUCAGUUGCUCCCCUGGGGGACUGGGCUUCCCAAUGCCCCUUUUAUAUCAGGGUCUUGGUCCCUUGGAGCAGUCACCCUCAGCUCUUUGCUGGGGCAAUCAUUCAUGUGAACAAGGUUUCCCCCAGUUCACUUGAGGACAGUCAGCUUAUGAAUGGGCAGUAAGCACCUGGGCGUGGGUUGUGGGUAGCUAGCCAUUCUACACACAUACAGCUAGUGUGGCAGCAUGUGUGGGUGUCCUGGGAGAGCCUCAGACCUGGAGGCUGUGCCAUCACACCACAGGUAGGCCAGAGAGAUCAGAGUGAGGCGGGGAUAAGUGCUGGCCUUAGCUGAUGACCGUAUACAUAAAGUCACCUGCAAAGGAGUCCAGGAGCCUUUUUGUGAGGCAGAGGAGUGUGCCUACAGGACCGGGAGGGACAGUUCUUACUGUAACCCACCUGUAAGCCGAGCAUUGGGACCAGGGGGUGAGGAUUUAAGGGUCAGCCUCAGCUGCAGGAAUAGAAAUGUGGCUCUGGUGGUUGACUGCGUGCUGCUAGGGACAGAGGCCUGGAAAUUGUGAUCUCCAGCCCACGUCAAACCAAGUGUGCUAGUGCAAGCCUGUAGUACUAGCACAGGGGAGACAGAAGCGGGAGACUUGGCAGUUCAAGGCCAUCCUCAGCUACAUAUCCAGUGUGAGGCCAGUCUUGAAAACAGACAAGAAGGAGGAGGCAUAGAGGUUUCACAACCCUGGGACCCUGAGCAAGUUUACUUCUGUUUGUGUUUCCUUUCUCAGCCUUAGUUAUCCACGCAGUGAAGAGGAGGCAGGUAGACAAGGGGUCUCUCCUGAGCAUCUCUUUGGCACUGGUGUUAGAAGAUUCUAGAUGUGACAGCAAAAGGGACCAGGACAGAGGUCACCCAGGAGGAUGUUUUGCAAAUCUUUAAUUGUCAUGUACUUGGACAGCAAUGCCAUCCAGGUUGUCAACUCAGAUUUUACACCUUGGCAGGAAGUCCGGCUUGAACCUUUCAGACCAGUGUGGUGGAAACAAGACAGACACCAUAGUUGCUUUUCAGGGCAAGUGGGAGCAGGACUGAACACCAAAGGGAACAUCCCCCACAGAAGGAGUUGUGGUAGUCCUUGGGUUUACAAGAAAGAUAAGUUUCUAGCAUAUCUAUCAAGACACUUGGGGCUGAAAACGAGAAAGGAGGACCUUGCUCAUAGGUAUAUGAAAUAAAUUCUGCCUCUCCAGACAGCUUGUCAAUAUAUAGAAAAAGUGUAAACGCUCAAUAGCCUUCACUUCACUCACAGAGUUAAAUCCCAUGGUUGCAAAAGCUCACCCGAGUACGAGGAUGCCCACUGUAGUAAGUAUUGUUGAUGAUUUCAGAACAAAACUGAAAACAAGCUGAAAUCUCUGUGCACAGCUCUGGCACGCCCACGGGGCAGCCUCCAUGGGUUCUUGCAGUGGUCUGGAACUGCAAGAUCGCUUGAAGUGAUCGCUUCCUACUGCUGUGCAGCACUCCGCAGGGUGUUACCAAAGGGCAGGUCACAGUCCAUGCCCCAGGAAGCCAUCCUCAGCAAGAUUACAACAACAAGACCGUAAUAGUAAAAAGUGGAAAAGAUUUAUUCAGUCUGGCCAUACUGGGAAGGGGCUAAAGAGAUCCCUUUCCCUCCAGAUCUGUCUUCCGGGCCUUAAAGUGAGAUUUCUAUUUAAAUAGAGGACCCUAGAUUUGCAUAUCUAAGCAGUUCCAGCUGAAGUGCAGCCUGUGCACAAUCCUUUCCCCCUGGCUAGCCCAGGCUUUAAGCUUUCUCUUCUCCCAGCAUGAGGCUCCUGGGGGAGUUCAAUUACUUGGGGCUCUACUGUUUGAGCAGUUUGAUAGCCAAAAUAAUAUCUCUUCAAAAUAUCUUACUUUCUGCCAGGCCGGGUAGGGGGCUAGAAGUGAAGUAAACCAUAGAGCAGAUGGGAGCGUCCACAGGCCGUCUGGGCCUUAGCCUCUUUUUGUAUAACCUGCAACUAAGAAUGGUUUUUAAAUGCUUUCCCUUUUUUUCCCCCAGCGCUAAGAAUCAACCCCGCAAUGGUCUCAUGUAUGCUAGAUGAACAACCCCCUACUAAACUGCAUCUCAAGCCUCAGUUUUUACAUUUUAAAAUAGUUCAUCAAAAGUAGCUUUUAAAAGUGGUAUUUUAUGGCUUAUAAAAGUAUCAGGGAUGGUGGCACAUGCCCUUAAUCCCAGCAUUUGGUAGGCAGAGGCAGUUAGAUCUCUGUGAGUUCAAGGACAGCCUAGUCUGUAUAGUAAGAUCCAGGCCAGCUGGGUUACAUAGUGAGAUUCAGUCCACAAACGAGCAAUCAAACAUGCCAGGAAUGGGCUGGGGAUGUGGUUCAGUUGGUCAGGGGCUAGCCUACCAUGCUGAGGUCUAGCUUCAACCCCUAGCACCACAUAAUCCCGGCAUGUUCCUGUAAUCUCAGCACUCAGCAAGCAGAGGCAGGAGGAUCCGAGGUGCAAGCUCGUUUUCAGCUACAUAGCAAGUUUGAGGCCAGCCUGGGCUACAUGAAACUUUCAGAGGGGUAUGGAGAGGUGGUGAAGAGCCAGCCUGUUCCAUCUUACUCCUAAAAACCAUCUUAUAGUAAAGACUAACUAGGUUCAGUCCUGUUUAUGAUUAAAUCUGUUUCUCAAGGAUUGGGCUGUGCCCCACCUGUAACCUUCACUACAAAUGGUUCUAUACUGCCUGUUCCAGGAAUGGCAAUCAUGUCUUUGUUUCAAAAAGUUAAUAACCAUCUUGGACCCUACCUUUGUUUCUAAAGGUUGUUAUGGUUGCCUUGUUAUGACUACCUGUUGUUAUGUUCCUCUUGUAACUGUGUCUUUCAGGAACCCGUGCAAGACUAACUUGUUAUGGCUAUGUCCUGUUCCUGAAACCUUGCCUAUUUUGCCCUCCAAAUCCCCCAUUUGUAAACCCCCUACCCUAGAACUAUAAAAACCUCACCUUCCUCACCUCCGAUGCUGUCCUCUCGAACCUGCCUUAAGGGAGGCAAGCAGGCAGCCUGUGUACACGAAUCAAAAAACUUGCUUUAAUUAAUUGCUCACUUUAAUUAAUUUGGCCAUGAGGAUUUGCAUCAGUUGUCUUUCUCUUCCUAGCUUUGGGAUUAGCAAUGGCUCAGUGACUUCAAGCACUCACUGCUUUCCCAGAGGACCUGAGUUUGUGUCCUAGCCCCCAUGUUGGGUGACUCACGAGUGCCUGUAACUCCAUUUCCUGGAGAUCAGCCCAGCCGUCUGUGAAUGCCCACGCUUAUAUGUACUGUGAUAGUGUGCGCAGGGUCCUUUGGAGGUGGUUGUGAGGGAGAUGGACUUCAUUUUGUGUCAGGGUUCUCUACUGCAUGUCCCAGUCAAGAGGCCCCAUGCUAAAGCUUUGAUGUGUUGUCUCACCACAGGAUAAGCACAAGGCAGACGGGGUUUGGGUGCUGUUCCCCAUACUCGAAGGCAUUAGAAUACUUGGCCACAGUUGGUGGUGCUGUUUGGGCAAUUUAGGAGGUGUGGUCUUGCUGGAGGAAAUAUGUCACUGGGGCAGGCUUUGAGAAUUCAAAGAUCCCUCUCAUUCUCCAUUUGUUACCUCUGGUUCUUGCUUGUGAUUUAAGAUGUGAGCUCUCAGUUUGUUCCUCCUGCUGCUAUGCCUGCUGGCUGCUCCUCUAUAGUAAUGAUGAGGGACUCUUACCAGCUGGAGGAACCAGCAGCCCCAAUAAACCCUUCCUUCUCUAAGUAGCUUUGGUCAUAGUGGUCUAUCACAGCCAUAGAUUAAGUAACUGAUGCAGGGGGUAUUUCCUCUUUCAAGUCCUUUGCUCCUGUGGGAACGUUAUCACAUGCAGGCGAGAGACUCCCCUCUCUGCCUGUGCGGAGACUUCAAAACAGUGCACAGAGCUGGUUCCAUUAUUACCAUGAGUUCUUACUGGUUAAUGUUUUGAGUUCAUGGUUCUCUACUAGAGCAGCCAUGUCUCUAGGGACCCCUGAACAAUGUGCAGAGACAAGUCUUGGUUACUAGUAGAGAGCAGGGAUGGAGGCCAUGGGAUUGUCUCACACUAUGACUGUGAAGUAUAUCUACAUAGGUUUCUUUGUUCUCUGCCAUAGCCUGGACCAGACUAGGGCCCUAAAGUAGAGGCAUCACUGAGAAUUCUGUUUCCAUUGCCCUCUCCCUCCCCCAUCUUUCCAGAGACCCAGAUUCCAGAUUCAGCAGAGAAAAGGAAACCAGCCUCGUGAACUGGUUUCAGGAAGGAAUCUCUAUAAAUGCUAGACACAAUGCAGACAGCUUAUGCAAUCAUGUCUGGCCAGGCUUCAGUCACAUCGCACAAAGAAGUACCAGUUAAAAAUACUUGAUACAAAACCUAAUCUUCAGAGGGAUCUCGGUAGGGGACCAAGCACAGAGCUGACUCUCGGGAGUUAUGCAGUGUGGGGGAGAUUUAAUGCACAGCUCUAUUCCACCAGGACCCACAGGAUUUCAGAGAAAGCAUGGGGGGGGGGGGGUUCUGCCUUCAGGACGUUUUCUGCCCUGCCAGAACGCCUUAGCAUUUAUUGCCUGAUGUGAAUGAAUGAAUGAAUAGUAUAUAGUGUGGUGUGGUGUGUGUGUGUGUGUGUGUGUGUGUACAUGCACAAGUGUGCACGUGUGUGUGCAUGUGUGCAUGUGCUGAUCCAGGACCCCCCCAACCCUUGGCACUCAGGACCUUUUUGCUAAGUGAAUGAAGGUGAAAGAACAAACCCGACAGGGCUGAUGAGUCAGAUCAAAUGGCAUCUCUUUAAAACCAGAGAAACUAGCCUGGGCUUGCCUGUUAGCACUGGGGGUGGGGAAGGGCAUAGGGAAGCCCUGCCUAUCAGAUAUACGCCACAUUACUCCUUAGGUGAAUACAUUCCCCCCAGGAGGUUCCCUAGCAGCGAGGCUGUAUACCUUGGGAGGGUAGCCAGAGUGUGGACUGGCUAAGAAGUAGUGCAAAAAUCUUGAAGGAAAGAUCUCAAGUAGAGUUGUUGCUUAGGGUAGGAGCCCUAAAGGAUGAUCCAGGUCAUCUGUGGAUCCAGGCUGACCAGGAGAUCCUCUGGAGGUGGCAUGUUUGUGGAAAGGCAACGUGAAGGCACUGGGGUAUUGAAGGAUGUUUGGAGAGGAAAGCAAGUGAGGCGCCAGAGGAAGCCAGGACCCCCUAAGCAAGAACAGUACCAAUUUGGGAUGAUUCCGAGCUAGCCCUAGGUAGAGUCUUUCCUUACAGCUGGCAGAGGCUUUUGAGAUUAGAGUGGAGUCCUUUGAUCUUCAGAGAGUAGCUUUCCAAGGAGGCUUACAGCGGAGAAAGUAUAGACCCAGUGUUCACAGAUGACUGGGAAGUUCUUAGAAACGGAGGGCGAAAAUCCCUUACUGCAGUGUGUUAAGUCUGGGCUGCAUGAAACCUUGUCUUAACAACCACAAAGCAGGUGGCGUGUGCCUUUAUUCUCCACACUCAUGAGACAGAGGCAGGUGAAUCUCUGUGAUUUCCAGGUCAGCCAGGACUGCAUAGUCAGAAUGCCUUAUUAAAAAAAGAAAAGAGAAGAAAAGAAACGUGAGUUCUGUAGGGCUCACUGGGAUCAGGCAUGGUAGGACCAAUUUUGUUG